CUCAAUAAGUAUGUAUAUGUCAUCGUAAUAAUUUUAUAAGAUGCUUAUGCGUAGAUACAUGUCUGCAUAGCAAUUGAAUGAAAAAAUUCGGAACUGCUAAAAGUUUUGGAAAAAUCAUUAAUAAUAUGGAUUAUGUAUUAAAACCUAACAACGCUUAUACCCUUUUGUAUAGUAGUUUAUUCUAAGUUUAAUGUGUAAUCUUGAUAUUAAUUUAAUUCCACUGUGACAACACGUUACUUCUAAUUACGGUUAAUACAACAAUACCUACGUUCAUAAAAAAGCUACAUAAAAAAAUUAGUUUUGGAAGUUUCCCACAUAUGUACUUAACAUGUAUCUGAUUUACAAUGCAUGUAUUGGUAACAAGCAUAAUUGCUUAUUGUGAUGACAAAUGAUGGUUUAUUGUAAUGUAUAUUACAACAUUAAAUGAUUACGUGUAACUUAUUAUAUAUGAAUAUACAUGUAUGAUGAAAGUUUGUACUUAAAACUAUUUUUUUAGUUAAAAACAUUUUGUUAAAUAUCUUCUUAAGUAAAGUUCAACAUGGCUAUGGGAAAAUCGUUCCGAAUAUAUGAAAAAUCGAAGUCUUCAUGUCCAUAUUCAAUCAUUUUAGAACAUCGCAAUUAUCAACAAACACUGUUGUUUGAAUCUGAAGCUGUAGCUGAACUUACUGCAAGUGAAACUGAAUCUCUCAAGCCAGAGUACCAAAAACUAUUAGACUCAUACGGAUGUCUAGGAGUGCUACCAUUUCACCAUGAAGAUAAUAAUUUUUUGUACCUCAUCGUUGUUACAGGAUGCCACUCGAUUGGUAAAAUUUAUGAUUCUGAAAUAUUCAGGAUAACUCAAGUCAAUGUCAUUCCUUUGUCUUUCACUGAGUUUAAUUGUGAAGAUCGCAUCUCAGAGGUUCGAAAAGUUUUGAACUCUGGCACCUUUUAUUUUUCAUGGUCGUCUUCACCUAAUUACUCUUUAGAUGUAACGCUUAGCGUUCAAACAAGAUUCAAUUCAAAUGCUACAGAUAAUAGAUAUUUUUGGAAUCGAAUGCUUCAUUUACAUUUAUUGAGAUUUGGAAUUGACACUAACCAAUGGUUAAUUAAAAUGAUGUGUGGAAGCAUAGAAAUACGUACUGUUUACGUUGGACAUAGACAAGCACGAGCUGUUAUCAUUUCGAGAUUGAGUUGCGAAAGAGCAGGAACUAGAUUCAAUGUUCGAGGAACUAAUGACGAUGGCCACGUAGCUAAUUUUGUUGAAUCGGAACAAAUCAUAUAUUUAGAUAAUGAAAUAUCGUCUUUUAUCCAAAAUCGAGGUUCUGUUCCAUUAUUCUGGGAACAACCAGGUAUUCAAGUUGGCUCCCAUAAAAUAAAAAUUUCAAGAGGUUUUGAAGUUUCUGCAUUAGCUUUCAGUAGACAUUUAAGUUUAUUGAAAAAUUAUUACGGCAAACAAGUAAUAGUCAACCUCUUAGGGUCAAAUUUGAUCGGAAGUAAAGAGGGUGAAGCGAUGUUGUGCCACUUUUUUCAAUCUCAUCACUGCAAUUCACAACAUCAGGAUAUUCCUCAUAUCCUUUUUGAUUAUCAUCAAGAAUGCAAAAAUGGAAAUCUAAAAAAUCUAUUGAAGUUGAAAAAUCAAGUAUCCAAAUAUAUCGAUGAUUUCUCUUAUUUCCAUGCGAUUGGAGAAAAAAUUGUUAAGUCGCAAACGGGAACUAUUCGUACCAAUUGCUUGGAUUGCCUUGACAGAACUAAUUGCGUUCAAACAUAUUUUGCAUUAGAAAUAUUGAAAAAACAAUUGAUUUCCUUGAGACUAUCUGAAAAACCACAGAUUACGUCAAGAUUUGAAGAAGUUUUUCGACAAAUGUGGGUGAAUAAUGGGAAUGAAAUUAGUAAAAUAUAUGCUGGAACUGGAGCCAUACAAGGAAAUUCAAAAAUUAUCGAUGGAGCACGAUCAGCAGCUAGAACAAUUCAGAAUAAUCUUUUAGACUCAAGUAAACAGGAAGCUAUUGAUAUUUUGUUAUUCGGUUCAGCAUUAAAUAGCGAAAUUUCUGACCUAUCUCGAUUGUUAUUAUAUCCGAAUAUUUUCCAUGCUCCGUGUAAUAUUUUACAUGAAAUGUGCAAAAGAUACAAAGAAUAUGUUAAUACCAAGAAAAUCAAGGUAGCUGUUGCAACCUAUAAUGUAAAUGGGGGAAAACAUUUCCGAAGCGUCGUUUACAAAGAAGAAACUUUAUCGGACUGGUUACUUGAUGUUGCAAAAAAAUCUGACGCAGCAUCUAGUCAUAUACAGAUUGAUAAUGAUCCUGUUGAUAUUUUCGCGAUUGGUUUUGAAGAAAUUGUAGAUCUUAAUGCUUCUAACAUUGUCGCAGCAAGUACUGAGAAUACGAAAGCAUGGGCCGAUGAACUUCAAAAAGUUAUAUCAAGAGAUUGUGAGUACGUUCUUGUUACCUAUCAGCAGUUGGUUGGUGUAUGCUUAUACAUAUACAUAAGGUCUAUACAUGCGAAUUUCUUAAGAGAUGUCGCAGUAGACUGCGUUAAAACGGGGCUUGGUGGAGCAACAGGUAAUAAAGGUGCAACUGCGAUUCGUUUCGUAUUAUAUUCAACGUCAUUUUGUUUCGUUUGUGCCCACUUUGCCGCUGGUCAGUCUCAAGUUAAUGAAAGGAAUGCAGAUUUCGCGGAAAUUACAAAAAAAAUUAUUUUCCCCAUGGGAAGAACGUUAAAUGAUCAUGAUUAUGUAUUUUGGUGUGGAGAUUUUAAUUAUAGGGUUGAUAUGAAUAGAGAUGAAAUGAAAGAAUUAUUAAAGGAAGAUAGACUUGAGGAAAUUUUAAAAUAUGAUCAACUCAAAAUUCAGCAUCAGCAAGGAAAUGUUUUUGAAGGAUAUUUAGAAGGUCCAAUAACUUUUCCUCCAACGUACAAGUAUGACCUUUUUUCAAACGAUUAUGAUACUAGCGAAAAAUGUCGACAACCUGCCUGGACAGACCGAAUUUUAUGGAAACGCCGAAAAAUGAUGUAUGAUACAGACAGUGAUAUUGAAUGGACUUCUGGUAAUUUAGUUUAUUAUUUAAGAGGUGAGUUAAAGCAAAGUGAUCAUAGACCAGUGAUUGCUGUUAUUGAUGUAAAUAUUUAUUGCAUCGAUGAAAAAAAGCGUGAAAUUGCAUACAAAAACGUGGUUCAGGAUUUAGGACCUUCAGAUGGAACAGUUAUAAUAAGUGACAAUGAAAACAGUAGUAGAGCUGAAAAUAUUUUCGAUGAAAAUUUUAUGAAUGCUCUUGUGCAAAAUCUUUCUAAAAUUGGAAAAGUAAUACUUAUCAGAUUCGUCGAAGGUGACAUAUGGGUCACUUUCAAAGACGGUCAAGAAGCAUUAGCUGCUGUAAAGAUAGGAGCAAUAAGAAUUUUAGAUUAUAAUCUGAAAAUAAGACUAAAGACACAAGAUUGGGUCUCGUUCAUCGAAAAAGAAAUCGGUAUUUUCAAAUCUAACGAGAGUGCAAAGAGAACAAAAGUUGUAACAAGAGAUAUUGUACCUGAAUUAUCAGAAAUUUCGAGUACUUUUAAUCAAUCCUUUAAGGGCAAAGUAUCUAACGAUUCAUCACCUCUGCGACCAAGUCCACCUUCUAGACCACCACCUCCCGUUAAAAUGAAAUCAAAAAUUAGUUUAAUGCAGGAAACAUCUACAGUUAACUGUAAUAUAGAUACUAUUAAUUCAACUAAUUAUGUUUCUAAUGUACCACUAAAAUGCUUGCGACAAACGCAGUCAUCAAAGUCUAGUAAAUCGAAUCCUCCCCCAUUACCAUCAAGACAUCUCUCUUCAGCUCUACCAGAAAUUUCUACACUAAAAUUGACAGUAACAGUACCACCUCCAAUACCAUCAAGAACUUGUGACGGUCCUCCUAUUCCCAGAAGGAAUGAUAACUUGGAUUAGUUAUUGAGCUUAUUAUUGAUUGUAAAAUAUUAAAUAACUUAUAAUAAAUCAAUUGUUUUAGGUGUCUCGAAAAACUUUUCAACUACCUUGCGUACUUAAUCAUAUUUACAUAUGUAUGAACUAUUUUUCCAUAGUAAGUUCUCUUCAAAAUCAUAUCUUGUUUUUUACAAAAGGAGUUCGUUAAAAGGUAUUCUAAAAAUUAAUUCUAAGGCAAAUUCUUAACAA